AUGUCUGUCGGGCCUGCGACCAGUCGCCAUGCCGACGAAGAAGCUCGUGCAGAGGUUGAUGUGCUCAACUCGCGACUCGAGAAGACGGCUCAAUUGACCAAGAAGAUCCAAGCAUGCAUGGGAAGGUUGGAGUCCACCGGCAAGAGCGUCAAAGAAGUAGCAGGUCCUCUCAGUGGAGAAACGAAGAAGCUCCAGGUCUUGGGCAACAACAUCGAUUCUGUCCUCGCAGCCAUCGAACGCCUCCGUCAGCCCGCCGAUAGUAAGAAUGACGAAGAACAGAUCAUACGUGCCGGCCCGGACAAGGCUGGUCUUUCCAACUACCUCGCCUCAAUCAAGCGCCUCUCCAAGUCACUUGAAAACAUGCAAGCCUCCAACCUCCGGGCAAACCAACAGACAAUGGCUGAGCUUGUCCGCUUAAUCAAGUCAGGCAACUCUCAACUCGAGGGCCAUUUCGACAGACUGUUGCGAGGAGAAACCCCACGAUCGAUUGAACCGCUACAUUACAUCACCAAAGACAUGCCAUUCCCUGUACUGUCACAAGACAAGGUGACACGCCUCGGCCUAGUCAACUCGUACAUCUCAAGCACCCAUCGCCAGAAUGCUGGUGCUGCUGCUGCCCCACAAGAUUCGGCCAUUGCCAAGAUUUAUGCUGAAGUACGAGGGCCCUAUCUUUCUUCUACCUUGGCCAACCUGGCUGCUGCCAGCGUCAACACGACGAAGAAGAAAAACCCCGACGCCAUCUACCGCGCAGGCACCAAUGGCAUCGGUACAUACGCGCAGGCCAUGGAAGGCGCGUUUUUGGCCGAGUACGACAACAUCUGCAGCAUCUUCACCCGUGAAGAUUGGGGCCCCCUUUUCCAAGCCACGUGCCAGAGCGCUAUGGCCGAACUUGCACGUACUCUUCGCGAACUGAACAACCACAUCAAGGGGCAUUUGGACACAGACUGCUACCUCGCCUACGAGAUCACCGAGAUCAUGUCUGGUCUCUCGAGCAACCUGGAGACGCGUACAGGCGAGCUAAAGUCUUCACUUGCCUCAGCCCUUAGGCCUGUGCGAGAGACUGCGAAGCUUUCAUUGGGAGAGCUGUUGGAUGACACGAAACGAAAGAUUGCCGGCAUGCAGACACUUCCACAAGACGGUGCACCGAUACCCGUUGUAUCGGCCACAAUGCAGCGAUUGCAGACCAUGGUCGAAUUCCUGCGGCCUGUCUCCAGUAUCAUGUUCUCUCUAGGCGACGGAGGAUGGAGGUCGAAUGCUGCAGCCGAUGGACGAUCGACCGACGCAAUCCCCAGUCUUGCUUCCUUUGAUAUUGGCGCAGACGGAAAAGAAAUCUUCUCACACUACUGCUCAGACACAGUCGAGAUGCUCAUGGCAGGACUGGACUCAAAGGCCAAGAUGGUCCUCAAGGGUGGCCGAGCUGUCAUCGGCGUCUUCCUGGCUAACAGCGUUGUCAUCAUUGAACGAAUGAUUCGCGAUUCUGACCUUGCGCCACUCCUUGAGGGUCGGAUGAGCAUGCUAGACCAAUGGCGCAAGAAAGCAACAGGCAUGUACACGAUGGAUUGCAAAGAGGUCUCAACACACUUGUUCGAUGUCAUCCACACGAGCAAAGCAAGACCUCAGUCCGGACAGGCUGAUUCUGCCUCAAUUCUCAAGGGCCUUAGCAGCAAGGACAAGGAUAACAUCAAGAGCAAGUUCCAGGCAUUCAACGCCUCCUUUGAUGAGAUGGUGAGCCGGCACAAGACGUACAACAUGGAAAGGGAGGUGCGCCAGAUGCUUGCAAGAGAUAUUCAGCAGAUGCUCGAACCCCUUUACAACCGGUUCUGGGACCGUUACCACGAGGUUGACAAGGGCAAGGGCAAAUAUGUCAAAUACGACAAGUCUGCUAUUGCCGCUGUCUUCAUGACGCUCUAUUGA